AUGGAGAGCAAGAGCACGUGCACGCUGAGCGAGUCGCUCGAGAGGCUCAAGAAACGCAAGCAGGAGCUCGACACGUUGUUCGUCAAGAGCAGGAGCAGGCAAAGAACUUCGAUCGUCGGCAGUCGGAACCUGAACACGGACAACGUGCCGCCGGAGUUCUCGCAGAAGUCCGAGUCCGACCACAAGUUCCACAAGGAACUCGUGGACGUGUCCCAGGACCUGGAGUCCAGUUGGGACUCGCAGAAACUCAUGGAGAGCCUCAGGAGCUUCCGUCAAAUACUCCUGGCGAGGACCUCGACGAAAACCAAGCGGUUUUACUCGGAGGAGUUUAAACAAAUCGCCUCGGGACGUACGAACUUGAAGUCGGUCAAGAAGCACCUGCAGAGUUACAAGGACCUGUACCACUUUAUGCUGAAGCAGCAGCCGGUGACGGCCAUGACGAUACGUCACGAGUACUUCUCCUCCAUCAGGACGCGGUACUUUGAUCACUUCUCCAAGAUUGAAUGCAAGUAUCACGAAACUUUGGGUGAGGGGGAUGUGAUUUCUAACAAGAUAUGCCAGUUUUGCUUCUCCCUCAACGGGAGGGAUAGGAUUUUCUGCGAGGAGGAGCUGGAGUUCAACGUGUUGAAGCUGGAGCACAAGUUUAAGGCCAUACAACAAUCGCUGACUGGCAUUUCUUACAACGAGUACAAGUUUAUCCAGGAGUUGUUUUUGAAGUCUGAAAAAGGGACCGGUGAUCUUUUGAAGCUUGUUAUAGAACCUUGUUUGAAGCAUCUAGAAAAAGAUUUACUGUCAGACAUUGAUGCUUGCUUCGAUGUUAUUGGCUUGCUGCUGUCGCAUCAACUGAUGAUGAUGUACAAAAUAAAGUACCAAAAUAUGAUAAAAAUUUUUGAUGAAUAUUGGACAAGUUUGGAGGAGAAGCUUUUGGAAAGAUUCAAGUACACAAUGGGUCUGCACAUUUUAAGCCUGGACGACGUCACGCAAUGCUGGUUUAGUAACGACGACGGGGUGCAUUACAUUUCAAUCAGAUACGCCAAACUGUCCUCCUCCAUCCAGCACAUCAUCUCCCACACCCAAAACAACAGCUACGUCAUCACGCAGCUGUGCGAGGACCUGUUCCAAACCACGCAGGAGUAUCUGGUGAAGCUGUCCGAGUUGUUCGAAGAGGAGCGACAGCAACUCAUCUUUCUCAUCAACAACUACGACUGGAUCCUGAGGCACAUCCAGCCCAACUCCUGGGAGGAGUCCAUCUUGCGUCUGCACUUUACGAACAAGUCGCGCGACUUUAUGGACCUGAUCCUGAACGGCAACUUCGCCGACAUGUUGGAGCUGGUGAACAAGUCGGAGCACCUGUUCCGCAACUGCAUGCACAUGGAAUGCGAGGCGGGCAUGAAGCUGAAAAUGGCGGACGCGGUCGACGCGUUCAACGUGAUCUGGCGCGACGCCGUUUGCCAAGUGUUCGUCGACGUGGUCGAGUGUUUCGGCAAGAAGGACGUCCGGCCGACGAUCAUGCAGAGGACCUUCGCCAAGCUGAUGGAUUCGAUCGCCAAGUUCUACAAGAUCUUGCCCCGCUACCUGAUGUUUCGUCUGCCCGACAUGAACGACGUCUACGACGAGCUCAACACUUAUACGAAAGAUCAAACUUAA